AGUAAACAGAAAUAUUCACAAAAUCUGGUUCUUUUCUUCCUCUUCGUUGUGUGAUCAUUCACUUCUGCUAGAAAAAAUGGCAAUCAAAACGGCAUUCUUUUUAUUAGCAUUCGUGGUCUUAGUUGCAAGAACGCACUCUCAUGCCGGAGUACCAGCUCAUGCCCCGGUGACGGCCCCCGUCCCUUCUCCAAAGAAGGCUCCGGUUCAUGCUCCGGCCCAUGCACCAACAAAGCACCACCAUGUGCCUCCUCCCAAGAAAGCUCCUAUCCAUACUCCAGAAAAACCUCAUGUUCAUCCUCCAUUAGAGGCUCCUAGCCAUCCCGUUGCUCCGACACACGGCUGCGUGGCCAUGUGUGAAGAGUACUGCAAACCAGUGAGCCCCAAAAGGCCAUGCAUGAGAGUAUGUACUGCCUGCUGUGCCAAGUACAAAUGUGUACCCGUCGGAUCCAAGAAAUGCACCAAUUGGGGUCGGGUCAUGAUCCAUGGAGAAAUGGUUAAGUGCCCUUGAAUUAAUUUGGAGGAUCCAUUUCUCAUUUAUGUUCUAGGUUACAAUGUUGUUUUAAAUUAUGCCUGUUUUGUUUCAGUAUAAUAACUCAACAAAUCUAUGACCAUCUACGAUUUUGUUGGUGUAUUCAGUGAUUGUUUUUAUUAGUAAAUCUUCUUUCCAUUUGUUUUCAAGAAACAAUUAUUCUC